AUUGUACGUAAACUAAAACAAAACAAAAAACAAAACAAGGUUACAAUCAAAAUUAUUGUAAAGAUUUGCAAGCAUUUUAUUCUGUUGAGUGGUACAAUCACUCGAUUCUUCAUUUGUAUUCCUCGAUCAGUGAGUAUGGAUCCCAGAAUUCCUUCUCAAAAAGAAAUACGAGAUUGUCUUGGGUCGACAUUGGCUGAUGCUUUUUUUGAAUUGAGUAAUCCAGUUGUAAGAACAUUUGUGGGGGUUACUCCACCACUUCAGGGUCCGGACGAACACUUAUGGCAUUCACCAAGUGAUCAAUUGAUUAAUAAAAAUUGCCUGAAGACGCCAGUCACCAGUUCAAUCACCCAGGCAACUACUCAUCGAGGAGUCCUAGAAUUAGGAGAAAAGGCUUUGAGGCAGUACGACGUUGAGCUUGAGAGAAGAAUACGAGAAUCUUUGUUUGCGGAAAUGAAAAAUUUUCAUUUACUCCUUGAGGCUGAACAGCGGCACAUCACAAAAACUCGGAUUAAAAAAAUUGAGGAUGAAUGUACAUCACGAAUUAAUAAUCUGACGAAAGAUUAUGAUAAGAAAUUAGAGGAAGCUUUGGACGACGUUAUAACUCGAUACAAUAAAAUAUUGCAAAAAGCUGUGGUGCAGACGCGAAUGAACGUGACACUUGAAAUGAUGAAGAAGAUGAGGGAAGAAGUGGAAUUUAUUGUCACCGAUUUGAACGCAGAUUACGACAGGAGAUGUUCCAUACAGCGAGAAAAUAUGAUUGCUGAUUUCAAUGUUAUAAUUCGGAAAGAGCGAGCCAAAAUGAGAGACACCUUCGACGAAUGGCAGAGGAAAAAACUUGAGGAUUUAGAGAUAGCUCAGACGAAAAUGGCAAAUGAAUUCGAAGAGAAAGCAGUAAAACUCAUUCGGUGUGAGCGAUUCAUUUGUGAUAACGAAAAACGCAAGAUUCAAGAGAAUUUCCAGGUAUAAUCCUUUAAUUAUCAUUACUACUCCAGGAUUAUCAAUAAUAAAAUAUUAUUUGUGUAUUUAUAGAAAAUCGUUGAGUCGCUGCAGCAAUCAUUAGAAAAGGCAAACGAUGAGAUUGCAAACGCGAAAGAAACACCAGUCGUCAUUAUUCCCCCGGACGAUUCCAUGUGGAAAUUUAAAAUAAGACAUAUCCUAGAGGAAUUCCAAAAAUUCAUCAAUUUUGUUCUCAAAACUUCGCCAGAUCAGUCCAGCAUUUUACUCCCACGAGAGUCCUUAUUACGAUUUCCAGGUGAUGAUGAAGAUUAAGUAUUCUAUUCCACAAUUCGAAAUUUAUGAAGACAAUU